GUGGGCAUAACAACACAACAUAUUCAUGGCUUGGCUAAGCUAAUGUAGUUCGUAUGAAAAACAAGUGCUGUAAGUCAUAUGCAGUAAAGUCGGUUGUUUGUGUGAUGGCGACAUGACUGCAGCUAUUCUCUCAGCGAUAAAUACCCUCACGAAACCUCUUGGCGAGGCGUCUGUGCGUGAUGAUCAGUCCUCACAACAAGAGGCUCUGUUGGCCGUGCUGCGGACCAACAGGGCCCUCCUCCUCCAGCAGCUUCAGAGUGAGAGCAGCUUUGAGGAGGUGAGGAGGCUGAGGGAGGAGGUGUUGGUGGAGGCAGAAUGGUUCUCCAGCGAUACAGAAGAUGCCACAUGGGGCUUUGUGCAGGAGUGUCUCCUCCUGCUUCUCACCUUAGCACGACGCCUUUCUAAUGACCUCGAACUUUUCAAGCAGACCUACGCUCCCUCUGCAGCUAAACAACACACCCCUGAGAUGGCUCCACCAUUACCUCCUGAUGUUCUCAGUGUCACCCAGCAGAAGACGCUCGGAGCAGCUCUUCAGUUUGUGGUCUCUCUGGGGCUCUGUCCCUACUUGGCCCCUGGAGUGGGUGUGCCACUGGGUUGCAGGUCAGCUUUUGGAGCCAUGGUGGAAAAACUUGUCCGUGGUGGAGAAGUGUCAGCAGAGGGACGCCGCCUUCUUGUCACCACAAAUGUCCUGUUGAAGUUGGCAGAGCUGUCGUCUCUCGCCACGUUGGUGUUCACACAGCAUCUGGGGGAUGUGAUGGCAGCACUGUGCCAGCUCGGCUACCAGCCACACCGGACAGAGAGAGGAGGCUCAGAGGAGGAGAAGAUGCAGAAACUCAGUGCUGAGGAAUGUCGAACUUGCAAGGAGGCCCUCAGAAGUCUUCUAGGAAAAGUCUACCAGCCAAUUGUCAUCAAGGAGCUGCUGAUCCUCCAAGGUGCACCCAGACAGUCUGGUGGCUCAAGCAGCAGGGCAGCUCUGGGAUCAGCUCCGGCCUGGCUGAGGCGUCUGUGUGGUCAGCUGCUGUCUGAGCGCCUGAUGCAGCCGAACGGUGUCCGGGCUGUAGUCAGAGCCAUCCUGGAGGGUGGACCAGGGGGCGAGUCAGACUGGAGGAAAUGUGAUGUUGUGGCCAGGAUCCUGGUUGCCUGCCCUAAACAGUCUGCCUCAGCAAACAGCUACUACAGACAAAUCUGUCCUCAGAUCGUCGACCUCCUGCACUUCAAAGACAAGCUGACAGCCCAGCAGUUCCAGCGUGUGGCCACCAGGACGGCGCUCUCCAUGGCGCAGGAGAAGCCCAGCUUUGCUCAUCAGUACCUGCUCAUUCCUCUGCUCGCACCUCGCUGCACCACUGCCUCCAACGCCGGCCAUUCCCAAGCUGCAGUGGAGGAGUGGGAGCUGACACGCUGUGUGGAGGAUGUGUACAAGAUCUGGGUGGUUGGAAACAGUCCAUCAGCUGCUCUACUCAAAGCUCUAGAAGAAGUUCUCCCUGUUAUUUUCACACUCUUCUGUUUCACCAAGCAGAAUGUCUCCCACCUACGCGCUCCCUGCCAGGACAUUUUAUUGUGGUACCUGAGCCACACUGAGACACCUACAGCCCUGUCAGCACUGAGGCAACUCUCAGGCCUGCGGGGGCAGAGGGACGAGGCAGCAGAGUUCCACUUCACCCCAGGCAGUGAUGGAGGAGCCAGGUUCAGCUCCAGAGAGAGCCUGAGUGAUGAGAGCGAUGCUCUGUAUGAGAAGCUGUCAGCAGAGCAGUGGAGGCUCCAGUGUCUGAUGCAGUUACUGGCUGAACUCAAAGACUCCGACUUGCCAGGAGACUUCUUCCUGGACCUGCUGCAGGAGCUGACCAGCUGGACAGCUGCAGCAGAUGAGGUGAAGGAUGAUGAGGAGGAGCUGGACGUGUCAGCCAUGACACUCCUGGAGGUGGAGCAGCAAGUGCUGGGUCGAGCUGCGAGGCAAAGCCAGAGACUGGUUUUACUUCAGCUGCUGGCUGUGAUGGUGGAGUCUCUGCAGCAUACGGUGCUGCUGAGGAAGACCACGCAGGUGGUGGACUUCAUAGUGGCACUGAUUCAGAGAGCCUGCGUGGGUCUGGAUCAGGUCACUGACCCAAGUCUUGAGAACCCAGUGGAGAGCCAGACGCUGAGCAUGGGGAUGGGCCUGGUGGCCACUCUGCUGUCUGGACCUCAGCUUAGCGCAGAGGACUACACUUCUAUGUCGCGGUUGCUCCCUCCUCUGGAGACUGUGUCUCAGAAGCACAGUGACGUGGUCGUCCAGGAGCUGGCAUCCAACCUCAGAACUGUCAUCGCCACUCAUGGUGCCUACUGGCCUGAAAAUCUCACUGCUGCCCCUCAGGCCUCCAGAAAGGCUGAAACAACAGCGAGGAACAACAGCGAGUCCUCUAGGAAAAAGCAAAUGAUACAAGCUGAGGCAGAUGCUGCACAGACUUGUCCACAUCCAUCUCCCACAGACACUAAGACACCCAGCAACACCCACAGCAGACAGCCAGUGUCCUCUGGAGCGUCUGCAGCAGGAAGAACUCCACACGCCGGAGGGAGGACCUCUGGCACAAGUGUCCCUCGCCCCUCUACUGAGUCCUUUCCUGAGUGGCUGCUGCAGGCGUGUGACCCGGACGUGCCAACCAGAGCGUGCGCCCUGAGGUUCCUGACACAGAUGGUACAAAAUGAAAACCCAGAGGCUGUCCAGGCCCAGGAGAAAGUGCUCACGCUCUUUUUAGAAAACCUGGAGCAUGAAGACUCGUUCAUCUACCUGUCAGCCAUUCAAGGUCUUGCUGCAUUGGCUGAUUCCUACCCUGAGAGGAUCUUGGAAAGGCUCCUGAAAGACUUUCAGCACGGUCCCUCCCUGCCCACAUCCGACAAGGAGCACUCCCUGGAAACCCGCCUCAAACUGGGAGAGGUCCUGAUGAGGGCGAGCAGAGCAAUGGGGGAACUGGCGCCCCACCUUGGCUGUCCUUUGGUGGGCGUCUUCCUGCAAGCAACCAGGGAUCCAGACCAAAGCGUCAGGGCCAGCAGUCUGUCCAACCUGGGGGAGCUGUGUCAGAGACUGGACUAUGCCCUCGGACCUCUGGCUCAAGAGCUGAGCUCCUGUCUCAUUGCUCUGAUAAAGACAGAGAAGCAGGCAGAGGUGAGGAGAGCUGCUGUCCAUGUAAUUGCCCUGCUGCUUCGAGGCCUCAGCACCAAAACCACCCAGGUUCUCAGUGAUGUUCUGUUGGACCUGUACCGGGCUCUGAAGUGGGUGGUGCGCUCAGACCCGGAUGACGUUGCAGUGCUGCAUGCCCAGCUGGCUCUGGAGGAGCUCGAUGAUGUAAUGAGGAGGUUCAUCUUCCCGGAGCAGAAGCUGGAGAAGAAGAUUGUCGUGUUGCCGUAGAACUUGAACUUUAUGUCUGCGGCGCCUUUGAACUUACAGAAGACUUUAUUUUUAUAUGAUCUGCACAUACAGUCCUGGCUCUGCCUCCAUGUGAUGUGGGCUUUGUGGUCAGACAGUCACCAAACAGCAGCGGUUCAGUCGUGUGUGCUGCAGACAGACAGACCAAGUCUUUCCUUAAUGAAAUAUGUCUCAUACUGUAACAGUCAA